AUGGCUCAAGCGCUAUCACAAACCGUGACAAUAGAGGGGGGUCCUAAAGAUAUUGAACUCCUCGGCCGGAUUCGGAGGAUACGAUGCCCCAGGACCGUUUUCCCCUCCAUGUUGGGAAGCCCCAAAUAUAAUGGGGUCAUGACUCUGAUGAUGACCCAAUACUUCUACGUCGGAGACGAGGCUCAAUCCAAGAGAGGCAUUCUCAACAUCAAGUACCCCAUUGAGCACGGAACCGUCACCAACUGGGAUGACAUGGAGAAGAUCUGGCAUCACACUAUCUACAACGAGCUUCGUGUCGCCCCAGAAGAGCAUCCUGUCCUCCUCACCGAAGCACCACUCAAUCCGAAGGCCAACCGUGGAAGUGCUUCUGAGGUGUCUCAUGCCGCUCGUCUCCAAACCUUUUCCAUAUUUUUUUAUUUCACAUUUUUUCCUCUCCGGUUCUUUCAAAAAGCACCAAAAAUGUCUUACACUUCCUAUGAAGAUCACAUGGACCUUUUCCUGCUCAAACAUUACACAAUUGCGAAUCAAAUUCGUGCGGAUCAGUUUGAAAUCAAUCGACUCGACCAGGAAGUUAAUGCUAUCACUCAAGAUAUCAACGAUAUCGAACUUGUCUUCAUGGCGAAUGUCAAAUCGCUCUCUCAAGAGCAAAAAGUCGCCACAAUGCAACUCCUGGAGACCGAACAGAAGAAAAUCUUGGAUAUUUCUCGCACGAAAUUUGCUCUUGUGAGCAGGAUGACUCAAGCGAUGUCGCGAAAUCAGGCAAAAGGAAGAGCAUUGUAUGAAUCGUUUGAAAGUUAUCGUCAAGGCUCAAACUUCAAUGAAGAGUCUCAGGGAUGGAAAGCACGACAGACUUUGAAAACAAAGAAGACUCUGAAAAGACAGCAGACUGCAGAAGCACCGCAAACUUCUAGAGCCUUGAAGAAUCCGAAAGCUCCACAAGCUUCAGCCGCUGAUGUUGCUGUUCAACCCGCUGCCGGAAACGCUCCCGAAGUUGUAAAGCAGUAUUGCAUCUGUCAAGACACAAAGACGGAUACAAUGAUAUUCUGCGAGAACCCGAGAUGCAAGUACGAAUGGUAUCACUUCUCGUGUAUUGGAAUGGAGACAGCCCCGGAAGGAGAAUGGUUCUGCGAGGGAUGCACAAAGAAGAAAAAUGAUAAACAAUCUGGAAAAGAGAAUCAGCACCGCUAA